ACAGUGUUCUCAUUGUUUGUUUUAGUUGGUUAAUCACUAUGACAACGACUGCCCUACUGCUCCAGUACCAUGCACUUAUCAUGCUUUUGGAUGUCCAGAAAAAAUGCAAAGGAAUGAGUUGGCACGCCAUAUGCAAGAAUUCACUCAGGUUCAUAUGAGAAUGAUGGCUCAGAGUCUCCGGAGCAUCAUUGCUACUACCCCAUCUCCCAUGUCUUUCCUUGGAGGAUUACCUUUUGACCCAUCACUUUUCUCUCAAGCCGUGCCAACCCAAUGUGAAUGUAGCCCCGAAGUCCAGAACUUCAAGGAGACCGUUCAGCAAUUGGAAGGUCGCUUGGUAAGACAAGAUCACCAAAUUCGGGAACUGAUUGCUAAGAUGGAGACACAGAACACACACAUGGGGAAUCUCAAGCGCACCAUUCGAAAUUUGGAAGAAAAAAUUACCGAAAUCGAAGCACAACAGUGUAAUGGUAUUUUCAUCUGGAAGAUUGAGAACUUCAGUAUAUAUCUAAAAGCACAAGAAGAAGAGAGGCCCGUUGUUAUCCACAGUCCAGGCUUCUACACAGGGAAACCUGGCUAUAAGCUUUGUUUGCGGCUGCAUAUCCAGUUGCCGAAUGCUCAGCGCUGCGCUAACUAUAUUUCCCUUUUUGUUCACACUAUGCAAGGAGAACAUGACAGCCAUCUGCCUUGGCCAUUCCAAGGCACCAUACGACUUUCCAUUCUGGAUCAGUCAGAAGGUUCUCCAAGACACAACCAUGAAGAAGUGAUGGAUACCAAGCCUGAGCUCUUAGCCUUCCAGCGGCCAACAGUCCCUCGCAACCCAAAGGGCUUUGGGUAUGUGACUUUCAUGCAUUUGCAGGCACUAAAACAAAGAACCUAUGUGAAAGACGAUAUUCUGUUGGUACGCUGUGAGGUCGUGACGCGCUUAGACUUAACCAGUCUCCGAAGAGAGGGUUUUCAGCCUCGUAGUACUGAUGGGACUGUGUAGUCCAUCGUGCCUUCAAGCUGAGCAUUUGGUGUUUAGUGGGAAAGCAGCAUGUGGAUAAAAGGAUUUGUGAGAAUCAUAGAGUUCUUAGAGCAGAACCAAAACUGCCAUUCUGAGAGGACAGUGUGGUUUUCAGGGAAUGGAAAGUAUUUUCACUUAGAAAAAUAAAAGUAUCAAAAUUAGUAUGCAGCCUCCUGAUCUUAAUAAGUGAGGUAAAUAACUCAUGGCAACCUUACCGAAAGCUGAAGCUUGUUAACAAGUAUGCAUUAAAUAGGACCGUUUCUAGUGUGGUGGUAAAAAUGAUGGAAUUGUACUUCUUUGUAUAUCGUGUGUACUGGUACUGAGGCCUACAGACCAUCACCUCACGUGUACAUCAGAGUCUUAUAGAGGAGCUGAAUUAUUUGAAUACUUAAGGUGGCAGCUUGUUCGGGGGGGGGGGGUUAAACGAGACUACAUUUUGAGCUAGGUUACUAAAUAAGCCUUCAGAGUGUCAUAGCGAACAUGGAACUGGUUAGUAUUCUUUAGAAGCUACAGCAGGAAAGUUAGUGCUCUGUGUGCCUUGCAGCUUUUUGCAAAUCUGAAAUGAGUUUUAGGUUUUUUAUUGGCAGGUUUCACUUGAUCACUUUCCUUCCCAAGAAAUUAAAUAUUUUCAACAGCUGCUAGUCUGGUGGUAUAUGUAAAGACUUUAACAUGUCUAAAAGGUGAUGAUAAUACUGUUCCAGAAAAUCUUAAUGAUUCAAUGGUGAUGUCAGAUGAGAUCUCUGGAUAUUGCUGUAUCUACCUAUUUGCCAUUCCAUACAUAUAUUAUGUCAUUUUUGUUAUUCCAUUCUAUCAUAUCUUUUGUCCAGUUGUAUUUUUGCAUUUGUAGGGAUGGUCUCUGCCUUGACAGGUGCCGUUUGAAUUAAAGUACAAUUAGAUGCCAGUGACAAAUGAAAUGGAUUUUUUCCUCUUUGUUAAUUCUUAACAAGUUGUACCCAUGUCUGCAGCAUCAUCAAUUCAUUUCCUUGGAGAUGUGCAAAAUAUGAAUUGAUCUUAAAGUUCUCAGUAGAUGUCAUGCCCAACAACAUAUUUGGCACCCUGAUUUAAUUACAGUCAAGGAUGUUGCAUAUGAGCUUGCCCUGUGGUAUAAAAAAGCUUUUUCUGUCCACAGUUUUGAUCUUUUCACAGUGAUCAGUCUGGAAAGCUGCUAAAUUGGUACAUAAUUCUAUAGUCAGUGAUAACUGGCCCAGAGAUCAUGCAGAGUUGUGUUGUUGUUUUUUUAAGCUGUAUUUUGUCUUUUAAAAAUAAAAUUUAUUGGUGCUGACAGAAUAAUUUGGAACUUAACUAUAUCAUUCUCAACUACAGCUAAAUGCCAUUAACACAAAAAUCUCUAAAUGUACAGCCAUGUUUAUAGAUUAUUCAGAAUGAGGAAUAACUGUUUGGCUCUCUCACCUAGGAAAGUAUAAUAGAUCAUUAUGUUUUAGUAUGACUGAUAUUGUGCAGAGGGCCCAGCAAAAGGAGUGAAAGACACUUGUCAACAUCCCUCCCCCUCCCCAAAAGUUUUUGCAUUGCUGCAAAUGAGUUUACAAUGGUACUAUGCUGUGUCAGCAUGAGCUCUCCUUGGCGUUUGGCCCUGCAAAAUUCAUCCAUGCAAACAGAGAAAAUGUCUAAACCAAAUGAGGCACAGAGUAUUUAUUAACAUCCAAAGGGGAAAAUGAGAAAUUUUUCAAACACCCAUCUAAACAUUGUUUAUGAGAGAGAGAAAAUUACUUAAAAUAGGAGUUGAUGGUAGGUUUGUGAGAAGCCCGGGAA